ACCUGGGAUGCAGAGGUUGCAGUGAGCCGAGAUCACACCAUUGCACUCUAGCCUGGGCAACAAGAGCAAAACUCAGUCUCAAAAACAAAAACAAAAACCAGGAAGGAGGUGAUCUGGCAGGCGGACGCAGCUUCAUUCGUGAAGUGAACAAACCCGGGGGAUAGAUUGGCACUGGGGCUGCCGAUGGGUCUCUUGGGAUUGGGGUGGGGAACCAAUUUGCCGGGGUCUGAUUCCCUGGUUGGGAGCUGAUGGAGCAGCUGCUGAUCCUGCAGAGCUGAAGUCCGCCUGGGGGCCCUGCAGUGACAGCCACAAGGCUGGCCCCCAAACAUCGCACCUGCGCAGAGCUUAAUGGAUCCACAGAGCCAGGGCUGGGGAGAAAUGUGUCUCCACAAGCAGAGGCCGCCUUAAGCUCUAAAAUGUGAUUCUUCACAUGACUCAACUGUGACUCCGGCAUCUGGGUGGGGCUCGUAGCUCCCCAUUUCCAUGCCCAGGGCUGCACCGUUCACAGACCAGCCCAGGGCCACGGUCAGGACCAGCCCAGCAGCCCAGCGCAGAGGAGCCAGCGAAGCUCUCCCGGCGCCUGUGCUGGGGGCUUUCUGUUCCGGCAUCAAGGAUGGAGGAAGGGGAGAGGAGCCCCUUGCUGUCCCAGGAAACUGCAGGCCAGAAGCCCCUCUCUGUGCACAGUCCACCCACCACAGGCUGUCUAGAUCCAGUGCCCUGGGAGGACCAGGCGGACGCCUGGGGCUGCAGCUGCUGUCCCCCGGAGACCAAGCGCCAGGCCUUGAGGGGCACCCCCGGGAAAGGACCAGCCCCUUCCCUGUCCAUAGGGAGCAGCUGUGUCAAGUAUCUGAUCUUCUUCUCCAACUUCCUCUUCUCCCUGCUGGGGCUGCUGGCCCUGGCCAUCGGGCUCUGGGGCCUGGCCGUCAAGGGGUCUCUGGGAAGUGAUCUGGGGGGGCCCCUGCCUGCAGACCCCAUGCUGGGGCUGGCACUAGGGGGGCUGGUAGUCAGCGCAGUGAGCCUGGCUGGCUGCCUGGGCGCCCUCUGUGAGAACACCUGCCUGUUACAUGGUUUCUCUGGGGGCAUCCUUGCCUUCCUGGUGCUUGAGGCCCUGGCGGGAGCCCUGGUGGUGGCCCUCUGGGGCCCACUGCAAGACAGCCUGGAGCACACCCUGCAUGUGGCCAUCGCUCACUACCAGGACGACGCAGACCUGCGCUUCCUUCUCGACCAAGUCCAGCUCGGGCUGAAGUGCUGCGGGGCUGCCUCCUACCAGGACUGGCAGCAGAACCUGUGAGUCUUGGAGUGGGCGAGGGUCAGGGCCGCCACAGGAUCCCAGAGGCCACACACCCUCGUGUGUGUACACACAGUCACUCACAUGUACACAAUCAUUCGUGCAUGCCCACAUGCAUGCACACGUAUACCCACAUGUACACAUAUCCACACCGACACGUCUCGUGCUCACAGGUUUCACGGGUGUGGACACACACGUACACACUCCUCUACACUGACACGAACAUGUUCUCAUGUGCACACACAAAACAGCCUCACACUCAGGCACACACUCAAACUGAAACAUGUUCACACACACGUGUGUCAUGCACACAAGGUACAGGGGUGCUUGCCUCUCCUUGUUCCUUGGGCUCAGGGCCCCAGUCAGCCCUGCGGUCCCCACAGCCUCCAGUGUGAUUCUGUUCCCCUUGCCAGGGCCAGGAGGACUACCCAGGAUCUUAGUGGAGAAGCUGAACCCGCAGACUUAGAAAGUCAUUUUUCUGCUGGGCACGAUGGCUCACAC